AUGAGUCUAGAAAGGUUAGAGCAUCUAUUAAAUCAAGUUGCCCCCUACAUUGUGAAGAAGAAAUGCAACAGUAGAAUACCCCUCUCUCCAGGAGAAAGGCUUGUUGUAACCCUACGUUAUUUGGCAACAGGUGACUCUCAGCAAUCCCAAGCUUUUAAUUUCAGAUUGGGUAAAAGCACAGUUUGCAAUAUUAUAAAAGAAACAUGCAGUGGACUGUGGAAUGCUUUAAGUGCAAGUUAUCUAAAGGCUCCAAACUCUGAGAAUAAGUGGAAACAGAUAGCAAAUGAAAUGUUCAGUCAGUGGGAUUUUCCAAACUGCAUUGGUGCAUUGGAUGGGAAACAUGUGGCAAUUGAAUGCCCAGCAAACAGUGGGUCUAAUUUUUUUAACUACAAAAAGUUUUACAGCAUUGUGUUGAUGGCCAUGUGUGAUGCCAGAUACUGUUUUACAUUAGUGGAUAUUGGAAAUAAUGGAAGAGAUAAUGAUGCACAAAUUUUUAAUAAUUCAGCAAUGGGCAAAGCUUUGUCUAAUAAUGAAUUAAAUGUUCCAUCCUGCAGUUCCAUAGACGGUCAUACACUUCCCUAUGUAGUUGUAUCAGAUGAAAUUUUUGCCCUUAAGCCAUGGUUAUUGAAACCUUAUGGUGGCAAGAGAUUACCACAAGACAAUGAAAUUUUUAAUUACAGACUUAGUCGCUGCAGGCGAACAAUAGAAAACAGUUUUGGUAUCCUUGCAGCAAGGUGGAGGAUUUUUCGCCGUCCAAUCAAAGCCAAGCCAGAAACAGUUGACUUGAUUAUAAAAGCAUGCUUAUGCCUACAUAAUUAUUUACAGCUGACAUACAAUGCCCAUUACAUCCCAGCUGGUUUUGUCGAUGCUGAAGAUAGUACAGGUAAUUUCAUACCUGGUAACUGGAGAAACAUUACUAUGGGUGACAUUGGUGCUAUGGAAGCAUUUACUGUUGGAAGAGCAAAUAACAGAUCUUCCUUUGAAGCUAAUGAAGUUCGAGAAACAUUUAAGAAAUACUUCAUUAGCAGAGAAGGAUCCUUAUCAUGGCAG